UGUAUUCAAAGGAAAAUUGCACAAGUAAGAACAACAAUAGUCAGCCGGAAGUCGUCCAUUCAUCACCGGUGACCGAGCCCCGGGAACCUGUUUCAUUCUAUUCAUGGCAUGCACUUCAAUUCAAUUCUUAAGAAGAAUCAUGAAACAUCGAUCACAAUCUCAUCUUCAACCAUGGAACCUCUUUAACAAGUUCAGGAAUCGGGUUUUGCUUGGUGCGUUUCUUCUUCUGGUAGUUUCCAUGGAGGUUACUGAGUCACGAUUCCUGGUUAAGUCACUGCCAGGUUUGCCUGGUGAUCUUCCUUUCACACUUGAAACUGGCUACAUUGGGGUAGGAAAAUCCAAUGAAGUGCAACUAUUUUACUACUUUUUUGAGUCUGAAGGGAACCCGAAAGCCGACCCUCUCAUGAUUUGGCUUACAGGAGGGCCUGGUUGUUCUGCUCUUUCUGGGCUUCUGUAUGAGAUAGGCCCAUUCAUGAUCGACUAUGCAAAUUCUACUUUGGAGAAGCCAAUGCUCCAGAUAAACCCUCACAGUUGGACAAAGGUGGCUAAUAUAAUAUUUCUUGAUCAACCUGCUGGAUCUGGAUUCUCCUAUGCAAAAACUCCUGAAGCUUACAUAACAAACGAUACAUUAUCAACAAUGCAGGUUUACCAUUUUCUGAGGAAGUGGCUCCUGGAACAUCCUAAAUUUCUCAACAAUCCAUUGUAUUUUGGUUCUGAUUCCUAUGGUGGGAUAGUGGUGCCAAUGAUUGUUCAAGAAAUAUAUAACGGUAAUGAAGUUGGAGAAGGGCUACAUAUCAACAUAAAAGGAUACGUGCUUGGUAACCCUUCAACAGAUGCAAGUGUUGACUAUAAUUCAAAAAUCCCAUUUGCUCAUCGUAUGGGAUUCUUAUCAGAUGCAAUCUACAAGUCAACUAAAGAAAAUUGUCAUGGAGAGUACUUAAAUGUUCAUCCCAACAACAGCCUCUGCAAACACUACCUUCAAGUGGUAGAAAAAUGCCUGGAAAGAAUUCGCAAGGCUCACAUUUUAGAGCCUUUUUGUGACACUCUAAAUACCCUCAAAUCUGAUCUCUUUAGUAGGGGAUUAAGAUCUCUUGACAAAACCUCUAUGGAUAUUUGGUCGUUAUCUCAACUUCAGAUACAAGGCUGUCGGGAGGACAACUACCUGUACUCGUAUACAUGGGCUAACAGAAAAGACGUGCGAGAGGCUCUUAACAUUCAUGAGGAAUAUGAAGAAAUCGAGUGGGUGCGAUGCAAUGAAACGUUGCGUUCUCCUAAUGAUCAUAAGAAGGUCUUAUCUUACACGCACACUGUCCCUAGUACAGUUGCAUAUCAUCGACACCUUGCUGAUAGAAAUUGUCGAGCUCUUGUAUAUAGUGGAGAUCAUGACAUGGUUGUUCCAUAUUUGGGUACGUUAAAAUGGAUUGAAUCGCUAAAUCUGUUAGUUGUGGAUGAUUGGAGACCUUGGUUUGUUGAUGAACAAGUAGCCGGAUACACCGUGAAAUACUCAAACCACAACUACAACUUGACCUUUACUACUAUAAAGGGAGGAGGUCACACAGCUCCAGAGUAUAAACCUAAAGAAUGUUUUAGCAUGCUUAAGAGGUGGCUUGCUAAUGAAGAUCUGUAA